CACAAACCCUCUAAAUAACGAACUAAUUUUGUUUUAUUAAAACAAAUAAUAAUAAAUUCAAACAAACACACACACAAAAAUGGCAAAUAUUAAACUGCCAUUGAAAACGACUGAAAACAUAAUAAAUUUUAAGGCCAAAACAAAUACAAAUACAUUUAUAAAACUGAAAAAACAAACAGAAUACACCAUGAAUCAUCGAUAUCGGAGAAGAGUUAUAAAAUCUAGAAAUUCUGUAGCCUCUACUAGCAACAACCAACACAGUCAUCAUUGGUCCUGCUGGCCAUUAUUAGUAUUUCUGGGAAUUUUUUGGCAAAAUGUGGGUGUUACCACAGCGGAAUUGAUAAGAGAACUAGAUGUAUCGGAAGGUGUGCCCAUGGGCCAUCAGAUUGGCUAUAUAGGCGAACAAUUGCCGGGUGUGGAUAGUGGACCGCCGUAUUUAAUUGUGCCCGUACCGGGCAGUGGUGUGGAUACCGACUUAGCUAUUGAUCAUACAACGGGCGAGAUAAGAACAAAAGUGCGUUUAGAUCGUGAGACAAGAGCCUCCUACAGUUUGGUGGCCAUACCCUUGAGUGGUGAAAAUGUGCGCGUAUUAAUACGGGUGCAUGAUGAAAACGAUAAUGCACCCACAUUUCCGACGGCGGUUAUGAAUAUUGAAUUUCCCGAAAAUACUCCACGAGACGUUAAAAGGACGUUACAUCCGGCGCGUGAUCUCGAUCUCGGUCGUUAUAAUACUCAGCGUUAUAAUAUCGUGUCGGGUAAUACGAACAAUGCUUUUCGUUUGUCGUCGCAUCGCGAACGUGAUGGUGUUUUAUAUUUGGAUUUACAAAUCAAUGGUUUUUUGGAUCGCGAAACAACGCCUUUCUAUAGUCUGGUCAUAGAAGCCUUGGAUGGGGGAAGUCCUCCAUUAAGGGGCCAGAUGACCGUCAAUAUAACCAUACAAGAUGUUAAUGACAAUCAGCCUAUAUUCAAUCAAAGUCGUUAUUUUGCCACAGUUGCAGAAAAUGCCACCAUAGGUACCAUGGUCUUGCAGGUGUUUGCCACAGAUGCCGAUUUUGAGGAAAAUGGUUUUGUAGAGUAUUCCAUUAACCGGCGACAAAGUGAUAGAGAACAAAUGUUUCGCAUAGAUGCAAAAACCGGAUGGAUUUCUGUGAAUAAGGCAUUGGAUUUUGAAACCAAGGAAUUGCAUGAAUUGGUGGUGGUAGCCAAGGAUCAUGGCGAGACGCCAUUGGAAACCACGGCCUUUGUUUCCAUUAAAGUAACCGAUGUUAAUGACAAUCAGCCCACUAUAAAUGUUAUAUUCUUGAGUGAUGAUGCCACACCCAAGAUAUCAGAAUCUGCUGAGCCGGGUGAGUUUGUGGCCAGAAUAUCGGUACAUGAUCCCGAUUCCAAAACUGAAUAUGCCAAUGUUAAUGUUACUUUAAACGGAGGAGAUGGUCAUUUUGGUUUGACUACCAGAGACAAUAUUAUUUAUCUGGUUAUAGUCAACAUGACUUUGGAUAGAGAACUAACACCCAAUUACACUCUAUCCGUGGUGGCUACCGAUAAUGGCACUCCUCCCCUACAUGCCUCCAAGACCAUACACUUGCGUGUCACUGAUAUCAACGAUAAUGCUCCCGAAUUUGAGCGUGCUGUAUAUCAGGCCAAUGUUAUGGAAAUUUCUGAUCCUGGCACUUCUGUCAUUCAAGUUUAUGCCUAUGAUAGAGAUGAGGGCAAUAAUUCGGCUGUCACUUAUAGUUUAUUGGAUACACCGGACUCUCAUUCACAAUGGUUUGUCAUUGAUGAAUAUACGGGUUUGAUUUCAACAAAAACUCAUAUUGAUUGUGAAACAGAGCCAGUGCCUCAACUUACUGUGGUGGCUCAUGACAAUGGUCAUCCUCCUUUGUCAUCAACAGCCACGGUUUUGGUUACCAUACAUGAUGUCAAUGACAAUGAACCCAUAUUCGAGCAUAGUUAUUAUAAUAUAACAGUGGCGGAGAAUGAGGCAAAGGGCAGGUGUAUUUUAAAGGUGUCAGCCAAUGACCCAGAUUGUGGCGUUAAUGCCAUGGUUAAUUACACCAUGGGUUCAGCGGGUUCAAAGUAUUUUAGCGAAUUUAAUGUUCGCUCGGCUACUGGAGAAAUCUGCAUAGCUGGCGAUUUGGACUUUGAAAAGAAACAAGUGUAUGAGUUUCCCGUUAUAGCCACGGAUAGAGGCGGCCUCAGCACUACCUCCAUGGUGAAAAUACAACUAACCGACAUCAAUGACAAUCGUCCGAUUUUCUAUCCCCACCACUACAAUGUCUCGCUGCGUGAGACAGCCUCUACCACAGCCUCCAGUGCGCCCAUUGUCACAGUAGCUGCCACAGAUCCCGAUUCGGGACGUUUUGGUACCAUCACUUAUCGUAUUGUUGGCGGCAAUGAUGCUAGUUUAUUUCGUAUUGAACGUUCCACAGGAGAGAUCUUCUUAAAUCGUCCAAAUAUGCUGUCUGCACGCACGCAAUCGCUGCAUGUAUUGAAUGUGUCGGCCAGUGAUGGUGGCGGUUUGAGAACUCAACAAGAUGCUUUAGUAUUUGCGAACAUAAUUGAUGCUACGCAACGGCCACCAAUAUUUGAGAAGCUUCGCUAUAAUUUCUACGUAAAAGAGGAUGUGGUGCGUGGCAGUGUGGUGGGUACGAUACAGGCGACCAGUACGGAUGCAGCCAAUCGCAAUGCUGUGCAUUAUACCAUCUAUUCAGGAGAUCCAGAGGGCUACUUUUCCAUCGAUGAAAACUCGGGCAAUAUAAGAGUGGCCAACAGCCUGGACCAUGAGAUAAAAGCACAAGUUUUACUCAACAUCAAGGCAACCAUGGGACAUAAUAGUAUUCAGGGAUAUACCCAGGUUAUAAUAACCAUAGAAGAUGUUAAUGACAAUGCCCCCGAAUUUGAAUCCAACAUAAUACGCAUAUCAAUACCGGAAAAUUACGAACUUGGCAAGCCACUGUAUGCAGUCCAUGCCUUUGAUAAGGAUUCUGGUAAAAAUGCUGAAGUCUCAUACGUAUUGACAAUCGGAGGUGGUGUUAUGGAUUCUAUGUUAAAAAAUCUUUUCGCUAUCGAUGCACGUUCAGGCCACCUAACAUUGUCACGACACUUAGAUUACGAAACUUCACAAAGACAUACGUUAAUUGUCACUGCCAUGGACGCUGGGCAGCCACGUUUAUCAAGCAAUUUAACUAUUGUCGUGGAAGUACAGGAUGUCAAUGAUAAUCCGCCAGUAUUUGCAAGUAAUGAGUACCAUGUAAAAGUGUUGGAAUCAAUGCCAGUUAAUUCACAGAUUGUACAAGUGACAGCUGUAGAUUUGGAUACUGGCAACAAUGCUCGCAUCACUUAUCGCAUUAUCAAUAACAACAACAGCUCACAGGGAGAAAUUUCACAAAUAUUUGGAAUUUAUCCCAAUAGUGGCUGGAUUUAUUUGCGAUCGCCUUUAGACCGUGAAACACGUGAUCAUUAUGAUUUGACGGUGGCGGCCAGUGAUAAUGGCAGUCCGCCAGCCCAGACCAGCACACGUGUUAUGGUACGCGUUUUGGAUGCCAACGAUAAUGAUCCACGUUUCUUACGUUCCUCCUAUGAGUUUUCCAUAGAGGAGAAUAUGAAUCGUGGCUCGUUGGUUGGUGUUAUUGGUGCUACUGAUUUGGAUUUGGGUGAAAAUGCGGCCAUCAGAUAUAGUUUAUUGCCGGCAAAUAGUUCGUUUCAAGUUAAUCCACUUACGGGUGAAAUCACAACACGCGAACCAUUGGAUCGUGAACAGCGCUCUGUUUAUGAUUUGGUGGCAGAGGCUCGCGAUCAGGGUACACCGUAUCGCAGUUCACGCGUCGCUGUCAAAGUCCAUGUAACCGAUGUCAAUGACAAUCAACCGAAGAUUGUUGAUCCGCAAGAGGAUGUGGUCAGCGUGCGAGAGGAGCAGCCACCAGGCACUGAAGUGGUGCGCAUACGUGCUGUCGAUCGUGAUAAUGGGCAAAAUGCAUCGAUCACUUAUUCGAUAUUAAAAGGUCGUGAUUCGGAUGGCUUUGGUCUGUUUAGCAUAGACGCCAACACGGGUGUCAUACGUACGUUGGUCGUGCUGGAUCAUGAGGAACGCAGCAUUUAUCGUUUGGCUGUGGCAGCAACAGACGGUGGCAAUCCACCAAAACAAUCAAUACGUUUGCUGCGUGUUGAGGUGUUAAAUUUGAAUGACAAUCGACCAACGUUUACCAGCUCAAGUUUAGUAUUUCGGGUUCCCGAAAACAUUGCCAUUGGCCAUGUGGUGGGCUCUGUGGAUGCAUCCGAUCGCAGCAAACAAAACAUGAUCUUCAACGAAGAUAAUCUCUACAUAACCUACACUCUAACGCCCUUAUCCAAAGACCUCAUAGAAGGAGCAUUUGAUAUUGAUCGUCAUACCGGUUCUCUGGUAGUAGCCCGACAAUUAGAUCGUGAACUGCAAGCUGAAUUUCGUUUAGAAAUACGAGCCUUGGAUACCAGUGCCAGCAACAAUCCACAAAGCAGUGCCAUAGCGGUAAAAAUCGAAAUACUAGAUGUCAAUGACAAUGCCCCCUCGUGGCAGGAAGAUCCUAUAAAAAUACAAGUCAGCGAACUGGCCACAGAGGGUUCUGUCAUCUACAACUUUUCAGCCUCAGAUGCCGACACCGGUUUAAAUGGUCAAAUACAAUAUAAACUAUUAAAAUACAGUCCCAAAAGUUGGCAUAUGGAGAAGUCUCAAAAAGAAGAAAGAGAUCUAUUUGCUGUAGAUAUUUUGACGGGAGGUUUAACUGUUAUGGGGCCUCUGGAUUAUGAAACUAUCAAAGAAUACAUCUUAAUAGUUCAGGCUUUCGAUUUGGCUGAAAAUAAAUCGGAACGUUUAUAUAGCUCGGUUACAGCUGUUGUAAAAGUAUUAGAUGAAAAUGACAAUAAACCGGAAUUUGUUAUACCUCCCCUCAAUAGGGAAACCAAAAACAAAUAUGGUUUGGUGAAUCGAAAUGCAACGCCCACUGCCACAGUGUUUAUUUCGGAUAAUAAAAGAAUUGGUGAUUUGUUAAUGCAUAUAGUGGCCAUAGAUCCGGAUACGGGCAAUAAUGGCCGUCUGUCUUAUACUUUGGUUACAGGCAAUGAAUUAAAUUACUUUCGUUUAAAUGCUGAGACAGGAUUCCUGGAAUUAGCUAAACCUUUGCCGCCUGUCGUACACAAUACAGCCGAUAGAAUGGCAGAUUUGUCGACUGUCAAUCGUAAUAAAUUUGAAUUACUGAUCAAGGCUGAAGAUCAUGGUGUCAAGGAAAAGUUAAGUUCGGUUAUGAAAUUGGAAAUUUUGGUUAGGGGUACCAAGAGUAAUCCACCACGUUUUAAGAAGUCCAUGUAUUAUGCCAACAUAACGGAGAAUGCUUCAGCGGGCAGCUUUGUAGUACAGGUGGAGGCCAAGUCGUUUAAUGGGGGAGAAAAUGCUAAUCUCACCUAUGAGAUACCAACAGGUGUCGCCGAUAAUCAUUUUCAUGUUGACACCCAACGUGGCAUUGUCACCACACGCGGUCAAUUUGAUCGUGAAACAAAAGCCUCAUAUACCGUGCCAAUUUAUGUAUAUGAUGCUAAACGUUCAACAGCAGCCACAAGUAGCAGCAGUGGCAGCAAUGCCUUGAUGACAAUGGCACGUAGGCAAAGAUCGUCGGUAAAUGAAGCGGCUGCCGCACAAAAUGGUCAGUUUGAUGUGGCCAUUUUACAUAUAACCAUAACUGACAUUAAUGAUCAUGCACCGGAAUUCAGACCGGGCUCAUGCUAUGCUCUCUCAGUACCGGAAAAUAGUGAUUUAGCGGUGAUACACACAAUUGUGGCAACUGAUUUGGAUGAAGGUGCCAACGGCGAAAUAAUGUAUACCAUCAUUGGAGGCAAUACGGGCAAUAAAUUUAGCUUGGACAUACACUCUGGCGAACUAACCGCUCGUCCUUUGGAUCGUGAACAACAGUCCCGUUAUAUUUUACAGAUACAGGCCACCGAUCGUGGUUCUCCUAUUAGUUACCAAGGUCAUUGUAAUAUUACCGUUCUGGUAGAGGAUCAAAAUGACAAUGAUCCUCAUUUUGAACAGGCCAAAUAUGUGGCCAAUGUGGCGGAAAAUGUUCCAGUGGGCUCUAGUGUUAUGCGCAUUAAAGCUAUGGAUGAUGAUUUGGGCAUAAAUGCUAGACUUUUGUAUACUUUGGCUAAUGAAACACAGUGGGUGUUUGCCAUCGAUAAUAAGAGUGGUGUUAUCAGUACAGUGGGCCCCCUUGAUCGUGAACGUCAACAUGUUUACAAUUUCAUGGUGGUGGCCACCGAUGGCGGUCGUUAUGAUUCUCGGUCUGCUCGUGUUCCGGUACAAAUCAUGAUCGAUGAUGUAAACGACAAUAAACCGAUUUUCGAACGUUAUCCAUUUCGUGCCCAAGUACCAGCCCUCAUCCAACCCGGACAAAUUCUAGUGCAGGUCUCUGCUUCCGACAAAGACUUGGGUUUAAAUGGUGAAAUCCUCUACACGCUUAAAGAACAAGAUGAUCCCUCUACAAGAGGCAAAUUUCGCAUUAAUCCCAAUACGGGAGUAGUAAGUGCCAGUCAAAGUUUGGCUAGUGAGUCGGGGCGUUUGCUGCAUUUGGAAGUGGUAGCCAGAGACAAAGGACAUCCGCCCAUGUAUGCUGAUGGUUUAAUAGAACUCCUAAUAGGUGAAUUUCCUCAAGGGGCUCCUUCUCUAAGGUUUCAAAAUGAUUCGUAUCGCAUUAAAAUUGAAGAAAACUCAUCGGAAGGUUUUAGAUUACUGCAAGUAAAUGCCAUAAGAUCAGAUGGUAGAAGGACCAAAUUAUCUUACUCCUUUGGCACGGGUAAUGAUGAUGGUGCCUUUAGCAUUGAUCCAUCGACGGGAGAGAUAAAGGUUUCCAAUUCUGAAGCCUUGGAUUAUGAAAAAUAUGCUGGCAAUAUGGAGGAGAUACAACUAAAUAACAAACACUUUGGCUACAGAGGACGUGCUUUAAUGUAUGAUUUAAUCGAGGAAGGAGAUCAGUUAAACACUACAGCUAUGGACGAAAACAAUCCAGCCCGUUCACAUCGAGCUUUGAGAAGACGUGAAAUGGAUGAUUUACCCGUGCUAUUGGCCUCUGCCAUACAACCCCAUGAAUUGAGAUUAAUGUUGGUGGCACAAAGUGAAUCACAUGCUGGCUCUGCUCCACUUUAUGCCUACGCUGAACUUAUAGUAGAACUGGAAGAUGUCAACGAUAAUAGUCCACAGUUCACACAGUCCCAGUAUGCGGCCACCGUGUGGGAGGGCAAUAAUAAAGGCACGUUUGUGGUGCAGGUUAGUGCUUUCGAUCUGGAUUCUGCGGCAAAUUCACGCAUACUCUAUCACAUUGUUGAUGGUAAUCAUGAUAAUGCAUUUGUCAUUGAGCCGGCCUUUAGCGGCAUUGUUAAAACGAACAUUGUGUUGGAUCGUGAAAUACGCGACAUGUACAAGCUAAAAGUGAUCGCCACUGAUGAGGGGGUGCCACAGAUGACAGGCACAGCCACGAUACGUGUCCAUAUUGUAGAUGUGAAUGAUAAUCAACCCACAUUUCCACCGCAUAGUGUGAUCAACGUUAGUGAAGGCACUGAAUUGGGUUCGGUUAUUACCACCAUCUCCGCCAAUGACGUUGACACUUAUCCAGCUUUAACCUAUCGUUUUGGCUCUGAUUUGCCAGACCAGCAAGCUAGCAGUAGAAGCACCAGAAGUAGUAGCAGCAGCAGCAGCAGCUAUAGUGCUUUGGAGUUGGCAGAAUUUGACAUUAAAUCCAUAUUUGCCAUUGAUCGUUACAGCGGCAAGGUAGUACUCAAACGUCAUUUGGAUUAUGAACAACGGCAAGAGUACCUAUUGGAGAUAAUAGCCUCUGAUGCAGCUCAUGAGGCACGUUGUACGCUGACAGUACGUGUAGGAGAUGAAAAUGAUAAUGUGCCUGAAUUUGAGCAGCCUACUUAUUUUGCCAUGUUGCCGGAUAUGCAGCUAACAUCAACGUCAUCUCUGACCACGGACAUAGAAUUGUUGCGCGUUAAUGCCACUGAUUUAGAUGCCGAAGAUAACAACAAUUCAAAGAUUGUGUUUAGCAUUAAUCCCCUGGUGAAAGGCUUCACAGUUAAUGAGCAAACAGGAGCGGUGUAUGUUAAUAUUAGCCGUCUGGCUGGCGCGGAUGGUGAAGGUCUUUCGGAGGAUUUAUUUGUUACCAUAGUGGCCUCAGAUAAGGGCACUCCUGCUUUAAAAUCAACGGCCACCUUAAGAGUGCAGGUUCAGGGUCACAAUUCGGCGAGAGCACAAUUUUUGCAGUCUCACUACAGAGCUCAUAUACCCGAAGAUGCUCCCUUGGGUUCGGUGGUUUUGAAAUUAAGCCAGGAGAUAUUGGACGCCAAUACCGAUUUCAAUGAUGCCAAUCUUAUGUUUAGCAUAGUGUCUGGUAAUGAGGAGCGUAAAUUUGAGGUUUACCAAUCCAAGGCUAUAAUCUUGGUUAAGUCGCUGGAUCGUGAACAAAUGGAUUUGUAUAAACUGCGUUUGGUUAUCAGUGAUCCUUCAGCCUCUCCCCAGCAACUGAUUUCACAGGCUGCCGAAAACUCCACAUCGGCUAUAAAUGUUUUUGUUUCCAUAGAGGAUUUCAAUGAUAAUGCUCCUGAAUUCUCCAAUGAAAUUAAAUACGAGGCAGAGGUUAGUGAGCUGGCUCCUUUGAGGUACUCUAUAGCAGAAAUUGUAGCCAAAGAUAUGGAUGCCGAUAAUACCCCCAACUCGGAAGUGGUGUAUGAAAUUAUGUCUGGUAAUGAUGAAGGCAUGUUUACUAUUGAUUUGGUUAAAGGAGUUUUAUUUGUCAACAAUAAAUUGGACUAUGAUACGGGCUCCAUGUGCUAUGAACUGAUAAUACGGGCCUGUGAUAGUGCUCCCCAGCCUUUGUGUUCAUUGAAACCAUUUCGCUUGUCUUUGCGUGAUGAAAACGACAACAAUCCCACCUUUCCGGUCUCGGAAUAUAUUGAGUUUGUGGCCGAAAAUGAGCCUGUGGGUACUAGUGUGUUUCGUGCUAGAGCUACGGAUUUGGAUCGUGGCACGUAUGGCUUGUUGAAUUAUACCAUAGAACAUGAAGCUUCGGGUUCAGAUGAUAUAGCCUGGAAGCUGUUUAGAGUGGACACACAAUCUGGUAUAGUUACCACAAAUUCGGUAUUUGAUUUUGAGCAACGCAGUCGUUAUGAUUUCAUUUUGAGAGCCAUGGAUACGGGAGGCAAAUCUUCCAAGGUUAAGGUGCGCAUACAAAUAGAUUCGAGAGAUGAAUAUGCACCACAAUUUACCGAACGUACAUAUCGCUUUGUCAUGCCCUCUCCCUCAAGCGGUUACUUGCCUUUGGGCUAUGUGGUGGGCCAGGUGUCGGCCUCAGAUCGUGAUAAGGGCCCUGAUGGCAGGGUGGUUUAUCAAUUGAGUUCUCAACAUGCCUACUUUAAGGUUAAUCGCACAACGGGCACGGUGGUGUUGAAAAAGAAGCUGGAUGACAAUUUUGAUGAUGGUCGUGAUAUUAGUUUGGUUAUUUCAGCCAGUUCGGGCAGACAGGGUUCGUUGACAAAUAUGACUGUGGUGGAGAUUUCUUUAGAUCCUUUGGCAGAUCCUGGCACUAAUUUGGCCAGCAGUGUGGGAGUUGGUAACGGAUCCACGGGUGGUGGUGGUUUGGCAGACUGGAUUUUGGGUUUGAUUAUAGCGGUAAUGUUAUUGCUGUGUGCGGCCGCUGGCAUAUUCCUGUUCAUACGCAUGCGCCGCAGUAAACCGCGCAAUGUGGUAAAGCCCCAUUUGAAUCAGGAAACUGUGGGCAACUCCAAUAGUUAUGUGGAUCCUAGUGCCUUUGACACCAUACCCAUUAGAGGAGCCAACAUAACUGCCACUAGUAAUAAUCCGGGACCCUCGGGAGCCAUGGCCACGGCCCAAUUUGCUCCUCCCAAAUACGAUGAAAUACCUCCAUAUGGCAAUCAUGCGGGGAGUUCUAACUCAGGAGCAGCUACCACUUCAGAACUUUCAGGCUCCGAACAAUCGGGCUCCAGCGGCAGAGGCUCAGCCGAAGAUGAUGGCGAAGAUGAGGAGAUCAGAAUGAUUAAUGAAGGCCCUUUAAGAGCAGGCAGCAAUGGAGAGGAUGGUCGUUUAUCAGAAAUAUCAGUGCAAAAUACACAAGAGUAUUUGGCACGUCUGGGUAUAGUGGAUCGCGAUAAUAAUCCCACAGGAGCAGCUUCAAGUACCAGUAUGGCUGGUUCUAAUAAAGAAGCUCAUAUGCAUCAUCCUCUGCCCAUGGUAGACUCUUUGCAUAUGUUUAGUGAAGAUCCCAACAAUGAGACAGACAUUACAAAUCUAAUAUAUGCCAAACUAAAUGAUGUAAAUGGUGGGGCAUCUGAUCGAGCCAGUAGUGCCGAUGAGGCGGCCACUACAGCAGGAAGUAUAGGCACGGCUGUGGACCAUGUAAUGGGCUAUAGCAAUCAUCCGGUGGUAAGUGCCGCCAAUGUAGGGCCCUCCAUGACGGGCUCUUUAAGUUCAAUAGUACACAGUGAGGAAGAGUUAACGGGUAGUUAUAAUUGGGAUUAUUUGCUGGACUGGGGACCGCAGUAUCAGCCCCUGGCUCAUGUAUUCUCCGAGAUAGCAAGACUGAAAGAUGAUAAUAUAUCGGUAAAUAGCGGCACUAGUGGUGCCUCCUCCAGCAACAAAAGCAAACAAAGUCUGGCUCAUUCCAUAGCCAGUGUGGUAAAGCCGCAUAUACCCCCUCCACUGCUAACAAAUGUGGCUCCCAGAGCCAUUAACCUGCCGGUGCUAUCGGGUUCCGGGGUAAAUAUGAGAAUGCCGCCAAACAGCUCACAUCAUGGUACUUCCACCACCCAUUUAGGAGCAGGAAAUCAAUACAUGUUACCACGUUCUCCCAUAAGUCAUGAUGCUGCCGGUGGAUUUUCCACCUCCUCGGCCAUGUCACCCUCAUUCUCACCCUCCCUAUCACCUUUGGCCACCAGAUCACCUUCAAUAUCACCUCUGGGGGGCGUGUCCACAGGCCAUCAUAUGGUGAAUAUGCCCAGACAUCAACCACAAGCCUCACAAAGAGCCAAGAAUAUGGUAAUAGAUCAAGUAAGAAUGUAAAUCAUUAAAUCCACAAUAACAGCAACACAAAGUGAUUUAGUUUAAGGUAUAUAGAUUUUAAAAAAAAGACUAGCAUUGCAAAAUAAGUUUAGAGAGUGCUGGAGAUUUCAAACACACUCUCUCGGCUGUGUUAAAAAU